AUGACCUCGUGCCCGAACGAUGAGCUCGCCGAAGAGAUCAAUUCCGUCAAUGCAAUAUACGACCCUUCCACAAUAACGCUGACAUCAAACCCGUCCAAUUCCCCUCCCCGUCGGCCGAAUGAGCUACCAGUCACAACCACAAUAAUCCUCCGGAUACCCAAUCGGCCAGAUUUCUCGUUCCUUCUUGGUUUCGACAGCAAAUACCCCUCUAGUCCUCCCCGAGUCAUUGGCACUGCGUCCACCAGUUCUCGGGGUGAAGGGAAAAAAUGUCUCGAUAUAUUGAGUGGCUCAGUGCAGAAAGUGUGGCAAGAUGGCUUCGUCUGUCUUUAUGAUCUUAUAGAGGAAUGCGUGGAGCGGUUCGGAGAUAUGCGAGGGGGAGAGCUUGAGGAAUCCGCAGCCGCAGCAGCAGAUGCUGCUGCUGGCGGCGAAACUGCGGACACCUCCACUCCAGUAUCUCCAACAGUAGAUACAACUUCUUCACCACCAUCAUUACAUGCGUCAUUUGGUCUCGAGAGUCCCCCAGACUGGGUCGUUUCAGAAACCGUGACGGAGAAGAAAUCAGUGUUCAUUGCCCGUGUCGCCCGAGUCCAAUCGACAGAGACGGCGAAAAAAUAUCUCGAUUACCUUCUUGGUACGGAGAAGAAGAUCGCAGCGGCAACGCACAAUAUCACAGCCUGGCGAAUCAAGCAAAAACCCGGGCAGGGUCCCAAUGGGGUUCCUUCUGGUGAGGAAACUAUCUUUCAAGAUUUCGAUGAUGACGGCGAAACCGCUGCUGGGGGCAGAUUGUUACAUCUUAUGCAGUUGAUGGAUGUAUGGGAUGUGGUCGUCGUUGUGACCCGAUGGUAUGGGGGAGUUAAGUUGGGCCCUGACCGAUUCCGAAUCAUCAAUACAGCCGCCCGUGAUGCCCUGUUGAAGGCUGGAUUUACGAAGUUUGAAGGAGGCACUUCCCAGGAAAAGGGCAAGAAAAAAGGUAAACGAUAAAUAAUUAUGGUGCCUUUACAUACUUCCUAACUUUUACGGCAUUCUCACUGCCUAUCAAAAAAAAAAAAAAAA